AUGUACGGUGAGUCGGUGACCCCGCCGGAAAGAAGAGGAAUAAGAGAAACGGAGCCGCAGCGGCAGCAUGGUGCAGGCCCUGCCCGCCCCGGCCAGCCGCCGCCCCUGCCCGCCGCCACCGGCCCUGCCCGCCCGCCGCCGCCCUGCCCGCGCUUGCCCGUCCUCGCCCGCCACGGCUCCGCCCGCCCCGACCUCGCCCGUAGCCGCCGCGCCCCGCUCGCCCGCUCGCCCCGCCCGCCAUGGCUCCGCCCGCCCCCGCUCGCCCGCCCGCCGUGGCUCCGUCCGCCCGCCACUCGCUCCGUCCGCCUCCACCACGCCCGCGCGUCCCUGCAUCUCCGACUUGGCUGCACCCGCAGCUGCCGCUCGCACCGCGUCGCGCCUCGCACGCUCCCCGCCCGUGCUGGCUCCGACGCCAUCGGGUGCACACGCGCCCGGCUGCUCCAACCGUCGCGAUUUUCCGAAAGUUCAGCGCGCCACGAGUGA